UCUGCGGCGGGCGGACCGACUCCUCGGCGCUGCCGGGCCGGGGCAAACUGGACGCAGCAUGAUGCGCGCAGUGUGGGAGGCGCUGGCGGCGCUGGCGGCGGUGGCGUGCCUUGUGGGCGCGGUGCGUGGCGGACCCGGUCUCAGCAUGUUUGCGGGCCAAGCGGCGCAGCCCGACCCCUGCUCAGACGAGAACGGCCACCCGCGCCGCUGCAUACCCGACUUUGUCAACGCGGCCUUCGGCAAGGACGUGCGCGUGUCCAGCACCUGCGGCCGGCCACCGGCGCGCUACUGCGUGGUGAGCGAGCGCGGUGAGGAGCGGCUGCGCUCCUGCCACCUCUGCAACGCGUCGGACCCUAAGAAGGCGCAUCCUCCCGCCUUCCUCACCGAUCUCAACAAUCCGCACAACCUGACAUGCUGGCAGUCGGAGAACUAUUUGCAGUUCCCGCACAAUGUCACGCUCACUCUGUCGCUCGGCAAGAAGUUCGAGGUGACCUACGUGAGCCUGCAGUUCUGCUCGCCACGACCCGAGUCCAUGGCCAUCUACAAGUCCAUGGACUAUGGGCGCACGUGGGUGCCCUUCCAGUUCUACUCCACGCAGUGCCGCAAGAUGUACAACCGGCCGCACCGCGCCCCUAUCACCAAGCAGAACGAGCAGGAGGCGGUGUGCACAGACUCGCACACUGACAUGCGCCCGCUCUCCGGCGGCCUCAUUGCCUUUAGUACGCUGGACGGGCGACCCUCGGCGCACGACUUCGACAACUCGCCGGUGCUGCAGGACUGGGUCACGGCCACGGACAUCCGCGUGGCCUUCAGUCGUCUGCACACAUUUGGCGACGAGAACGAAGACGACUCGGAGCUGGCGCGCGACUCCUACUUCUACGCGGUGUCCGACUUGCAGGUGGGCGGCCGCUGCAAGUGCAACGGCCACGCGGCCCGCUGCGUGCGGGACCGCGACGACAGCCUGGUGUGUGACUGUAGGCACAAUACGGCCGGCCCGGAGUGCGACCGCUGCAAGCCUUUCCACUACGACCGACCCUGGCAGCGCGCCACGGCCCGCGAAGCCAACGAGUGCGUGGCCUGUAACUGCAACCUUCACGCGCGGCGCUGCCGCUUCAACAUGGAGCUCUACAAGCUGUCGGGGCGCAAGAGCGGAGGCGUGUGCCUCAACUGCCGCCAUAACACCGCGGGCCGCCACUGUCACUACUGUAAGGAGGGCUACUACCGCGACCUGGGCAAACCCAUCACCCACCGGAAGGCCUGCAAAGCCUGCGAUUGCCAUCCCGUGGGCGCUGCUGGCAAAACCUGCAACCAGACCACCGGCCAGUGUCCCUGCAAGGACGGCGUGACGGGCAUCACCUGCAACCGCUGCGCUAAGGGCUACCAGCAGAGCCGCUCGCCCAUCGCCCCCUGCAUAAAGAUCCCCGUGGCGCCGCCGACCACUGCGGCCAGUAGCGUGGAGGAGCCUGAAGACUGCGAUUCCUACUGCAAGGCCUCCAAAGGGAAGCUGAAGAUUAACAUGAAAAAGUACUGCAAGAAGGACUAUGCCGUGCAGAUCCACAUCCUGAAGGCAGACAAGGCGGGGGACUGGUGGAAGUUCACGGUGAACAUCAUCUCCGUGUACAAGCAAGGCACAAGCCGCAUCCGCCGGGGUGACCAGAGCCUGUGGAUCCGUUCACGGGACAUCGCCUGCAAGUGCCCUAAAAUCAAGCCCCUCAAGAAGUACCUGCUGCUGGGCAACGCGGAGGACUCACCGGACCAGAGCGGCAUUGUGGCUGACAAGAGCAGCCUGGUGAUCCAGUGGCGGGACACGUGGGCACGGCGGCUGCGCAAGUUCCAGCAGCGCGAGAAGAAGGGCAAGUGCAAAAAGGCCUAGCGCGGGCACAGCGCGGGCGGGUGGGGCGAAGGGCGGGCGCUCGAG